CUUAUUUGACGAAAACUCAGCAGCAGUCCACCAGUUAUAUAUAAUUAUUGAACCAACUCGAUGUACACUAUACGGUAUACAGAGAGUGCGUGUGUGAGUGAGUGAGUGAGAGUUGUAUUCUGUAUUACUUGUGAGCAUAUAUUCGAAGCAAGGAAAGUGGUAUUCCCAACAAGGUAGUGUGUCUGUGAUAAGCACAACUACACACACCGGUAGUAUAUUCUAAUUUCACAAAGUACACUCAACACACGCCACCAUGGAUCAGAUGCCCAUUCAGGGGCAGCAAGUGUACCAGCUCAGCCAGUUCUGGAGCUCGGUUAUGGUGGAGAUGCGUCAACCACAAGACUUUAAAACAGCUAUCCUCCCCCUUGCGCGAAUUAAGAAAAUCAUGAAAUUAGACGACGAAGUAAAGAUGAUUUCUGCAGAAGCGUUAAUUCUAUUCUCGAAGGCGUUAGAAAUAUUCAUCCGCGAGCUGGGCAUGAGGUCUUGGGGGCACACAGAGGAGAACAAACGUCGUACGUUACAAAGAAACGAUAUUGCGAUGGCUGUUUCGAGGAACGACACCUUCGAUUUUCUCAUCGAUAUUGUGCCACGGGACGACAUCAAAUCCACACAACGCCCAGAAGAGGAGAUCCGACCCAUGAUGGUCGCCCCCGAGCAACUAUACUAUUACACCGCUUUACAACAACAGCAAGGCGUAGACCCCCAGCAGCCCAUGAUGCAUCCACAGUACAUGCAGCAGCAACAGGGUCAGGACAUCUACGGAGGAGCUGGUUUCCAACAGCCCAUGCAGCCAUACAUCUGAGCGGUGGGUGUGUAGCACAGAUUAGGUGGGAUCAGCCUCCCAAAUACUUCGGGCCAGUACACCCACGCAUUAUCUUCAUUUAAGGCACGCAUAGAGUACUCUGAUACGACACAAGAACGAAUCAAUCGUGCGCAAACUGUACAUACGAUACCUGAUUAGCCGCGGUAUCGCCACAAAGUAUGAAUAAAUACUUGAUCUAUAUGA